AUGGCGAACUUGGCACAACUUGAUUUUUUUGCCCUGGAUAUUACUGGAAAGAACUACCUUACCUGGGUAAUGGAUACCAAAAUUCAUCUGGAGGCAGGAAAUCUUAGGGAAACCAUUAAUGAGGAUAACAGUGCAUCCUCUCAAGAUUGGGUGAAGGCCAUGAUCUUUAUUCAUCGCCACCUGGAUGAGGGAUUGAAGAGCGAAAUUAGUUCCCAGUUGAAGCUAUGUGGAGAAACAAUAACUGAGGAAGAUAUGCUGGAAAAGACUUUCAGCACAUUUCAUGCAUCCAACGUGCUCCUGCAGCAGCAGUAUAGAGAAAGAGGCUUUACUGAGUACAACCAGCUGAUAUCUGUACUUCUUGUAGCCGAGCAAAACAAUGAGCUUCUGAUGAAGAAUCAUUAG